AUGCCAUUGAUUAUGUACAAAUUCCUGUUAGUCACCUCUAUAUUUCUAAUCGUUUCUGGUCUAAUUCUCACUGCAUUCUCUCUAUUCAGCCCACUCUGGGAGGUCGUCGACUUCCCUCGUUCCCAUUUAUCUCAUCAUCAUGGUCUCUGGUGGGAUUGUAUUGUUCAUCAUGACACUCUGAUCCCUCUUCAUGAAGUUCAAGCAGAACUCCGAGGUGACAGAUGUGAUAGCAAAAUGGAUUCUUCUGUUCAAGCCACAUUGAGAGUUGCUCUAGAAAAGGGUGAUGCUGAGGCAAAAGAGCUUUUGCUGCACAGAUUCUUACCUCACCACAAAGGUGUCAUAUUCUUUGCUGUAUUCACAUUUGUCUUCGGUCUCAUCUCUAUUCUAAUCGGCUCGUGUUCUCCAUGUUUCCCACCAAAUUCUCUUUUAUAUGUCGUGGGAGUUUUCAUGACAGGAGCCUGCUCUCUAUUAGCUGACGUCAUAUAUAUUUUUGCAUUCAAUCAGAAACCUGUGUUCGUAAAAGAUCAAACCGAUCCACACCAAGAUGUCAUUUUAAUGAGAAGAGAAAGAGGAUCCGUUGGCCCAAUAUAUAAACGCCUCGGAAUCGCCACCUACAUUCAUAUGUUUGGCUCAAUGCUUUUAAUUGCUGCUUUCAUCUUUUCAAUUUUCUGUGCUUACUUCCUCAUCACUUCCAAACAUGCACAUGACGUUUGUUGCACCAGCCGGAAGGAAUACCGAGAUCAGAAUAAAUGGCGAAACAGUGGAUUAAUUCUGAAAACGGGAAGAGUAACUCACCAAUCACAUCGUCCGUUUGUAGUCAUUGAUGAUGACAGUAGUAUUUAG